AUGCAUCAACUUCUCGAGCUUCAACAGCAAAAGCUCCCCAGCGCAGCUCUACGUGCAACCUUCCCGUUCCUCCUCGGCAUGCCUUCCGGAAUGCGCGCCCUCCCUCUGGAGGUCUUCUCUCUGGCCACCAGGCCCCUCGCCACACCUGCAACACUGUCCCGCCUCAGCCCAUUACUUCCCCCCGGCCGACGCACCUUCUCCUCCUCGCGGCGCACCCUCAACCGCUCCACAUCGCCAUCCGCCUCAUGGCUGCCCAUCCCAUUUGUGACUGAAACCUCCGGCAGUACGCACCACACGACAGACCUCUUCUCGCGCCUGCUGAAAGAGCGCAUCGUGGCCGUCUAUGGUGAAGUCGACGAGCGCAUGGCCGCAACCGUGACGGCAUCGCUCCUGUUCCUCGAAGCCGACGCCCCGGAGAAGCCCAUAAACCUGUACAUCAACAGUCCUGGCGGCAGCGUGUCCGCGGGCCUGGCCAUCUACGACACGCUGCAAUACAUCACGCCAGAGAUCACGACCAUCUGUCUGGGCCAGGCCGCGAGUAUGGGGAGUCUCCUGCUGGCUGGCGGCAGCCCGGGCAAGCGGUUCUGUCUGCCGCAUAGCAGCGUGAUGCUGCACCAGCCGAGUGGCGGGUAUCACGGGACGGCGGCGGAUAUUGCCAUUCAUGCAAAGGAGAUCCUGCGGGUGCGGGAGCAGCUGAACAAGAUCUACGAGCGGCAUUUGACGCCCAAGAAGGACGGGGGCAGGAAGCUGACGUUGACCGAGAUUGAGGGGAUGAUGGAGCGGGAUUAUUUCUUGAGUGCGGAUGAGGCGCUCGAGUUGGGUGUGGUGGAUGAGAUCUUGGGGAGUCGGAAGGCCGUCAAGGAGAAGACAGAAUCAUAA